AUGGUUUCUAGCAACGGCACUGUCUGGGUAGUUACUGGCGGCAACAGAGGCAUUGGGCUUGGUUUCGUCAAAGCUCUCAUUGCUCGCCCCUCAGUUACCGUCAUCGCUACUGUUCGCAACGAAGAAGCUCGCACAGGUCUCAAAAAUGCUACUACUGGUCUCGCCAAAGGUGACGGUACUGAGUUGAAAGUCGUCCAGCUGGACUUCACCAACGCGCUCUCCCCUGAACAGAUUCGCAACGCGUUUGACAUCGAUCAUGUCGAUGUUCUGAUCAACAAUGCUGCCGCCAGCUUCAAAUCCUAUCCUGUGAUCGAAAUCCCGACCAAUGACCUCCGCUCCGCCUUCGAGAUCAAUACAAUUGGCCCGCUCACAAUCGUCCAGGGACUUUGGCCCUUGUUGCAAAAGUCAUCUGCACCGAAAGUCGUCAACGUCUCAUCCUCUGUCGGUUGUAUUACGUACCACGAAGUUGUCGCUGGCGCAUAUGGGCCCAGCAAGGCUGCCUUGAACUGGCUCACGCGUGCUCUUCAUCAGCAGAAUGAAGCGCUGAUUGCUUUUGCACUUCAUCCUGGAUUCGUUAAUACGGAAAUGGGCGAGUCUGCCGCCACAGAGUGGGGAUUCCCCCAUGCCAUGCUUGAAAGUGUCGAGCAAGCUGUGAAGGGAAGUCUCAGGGUUAUAGACAGUGCUACGCGAGAGACUAUAUCAGGCAAGUUUGUCAGUUAUAAAGGACAGGAAAUUCUAUGGUAA